GGUGGACAUAUAAUGCUCCCUGGAUAAUCAUGCCAAAGACAUCAUUAUCACAUCUUCUAUUACCCAAAAGUAUCACAGCAUAUUCCUACAAACUUUACCAUGCGCACUCUAGAAGUUGGCAUCGUUGGCGGUGGCAUUGCUGGUCUUUACACUGCACUCCUUCUUCAACAACAAGGUCAUUCGGUUACCGUGUUCGAGGCCAAAAGCAGGCUCGGAGGUAGAAUCUACACACAUCAUUUCAAGACGGAAGAUGUUGGCCACCUCGCCUUCUUCGAAGCUGGGGCGAUGCGCAUUCCCCUUUCCCCCCUUCACGCCUGCGUCUUCGAAUUCGUUCGAUACCUCAACGAACAGAACGCCGUGCAAGACAAGGUCGAGUUCAUCCCGUACGUUCUGCAGCACAUAAAUAACAAGGUUCACCUACAAGGGCGCGUGUGGGACGCUACCGACAGAUCGCUGGCUGCGUGGAUGGAAUUGCCAGAGAAGUUUCAUAACAAGACAGCAGGGGAGAUGCUGCGAGUUGUCAUGAGCCCUUGGAUCGCGCUUCUAAAUGACGACUUCGAGCGCGGCAUGGUCGAGGUUCUUCGGUAUGACGAACUCACGUUUAGACAAUACCUCCGAGAAGAGGCAAAAUGGCCGCACCAGGUCAUUGACUUCGUCGAGCUCAUCAUGAGUCAGACAAACCAGUACGACCAGAGUUUCACAGACUUGGUCCUACAGACGAUGCACUUCUCCAACCCUGAAUGGGUUACGGUGCAGGGGGGACUAUCCCGCAUCAUAGAUGCUGCAGCGAAGGCACUCGGGCCGUCUUGCAUCUUCCGAAACGCCCCCGUGAGCGAGAUUCAUGAGCUCCCUGAUGGCAAGCUGGAGCUUGGAAUUGGAGGUAUCGCUCCAACUAAGCGUGUCUUCGACAAGGUAGUUCUAGCUGUGCCACCAGCAGCUAUACAGCAGGGCAUCCGGACGCGACCUAAGUGGUCAUAUAUGAAGGAACGUGCCAUCCAGGCCAUCCACGAAGGCCCUUUGUACAAAAUGGGCCUGCAUUUCCAAACUCGAUUCUGGGAACACACGGCGGAUCCCUGCUUUGGAGGACAGACACAGACUGAUCUCCGGAUUCGAUGGAUCGUCUACCCAUCCAACGACAUUGGGUCUUCCAAGAGCGGGUGUCUUAUGGUGUACGCCGGCAUGACUGAUGCCCUCCGCUGGAGCUGGACCACGCACCAGGAGAGAGUGCAGCUGGUCAUGGAGGACUUGAACACUUUCUUCCGUCCUCAAGGCGUGGACGUUUAUGGUCAGUUUAUCGAAGCUUUCGACAUGCACUGGCCGAGUGAAGCCGGGGGAGGCAACACAAUGUAUCUUCCCGGUCAGUACUCGAGGUUCCACGAGGUCAUGAAGAAGCCUGAGGGGAACAUAUACUUUGCAGGAGAGCAUAUUUCUAGGCAUCACACCUGGGUCGCUGGUGGCAUUGAGUCCGCUCAUCAAGCCACUGAGCAGCUAUUGGGAGGGCAGUCAAUGCCGGGCUUGGGGUCCCAAGGAAAGGUACGGAGUGGUCCGACUGAACUGGAUUCUCAGCUGCCACACAUGGAGACCGGCAUAGCAUUGGGGAGUAGAGUCAAGAUGGGCACAAGCCUCAUGGCGAAGGCAUAACUUUGUGGAAAUGCGGUUCACUUUGAAACUACAGGUAGAUCCAGCUGACAAGAAGAGGCGGGCUGAUUAACACGAACAUACUAAAGGAUAGGUCCACACGGAGUACUUCCAAUAGAAACCCACAUGAACGAGUAA